AUGUUGGAGAAGAUCGGGUUGCCACCAAAGCCCUCGCUCCGAGGGAAUAAUUGGGUCGUUGAUGCGUCUAAUUGUCAGGGAUGUUCCGCCCAAUUCACCUUCAUCAAUCGCAAGCAUCACUGUAGAAGGUGCGGGGGCCUGUUUUGCGGCAGUUGUACCCAACAAAGAAUGGCUUUACGUGGACAGGGUGAUUCGCCUGUACGGAUAUGUGAACCUUGUAAGAAGCUUGAAGAGGCAGCACGGUUUGAGUUGCGACAGGGGCGCAGGACUGGGAGAGGAAGCUUGAAAUCAGCACCUAGAGAAGAAGAUGAAAUUUUGAGCCAGAUUCUUGGUCAAAAUGAGGAGCCCCUCUCAUCAGGGAUACAGUCAACCAGUGACAAAGGUCGUAGUGGCCAAAGAUCAGUUGGUGUUGCAUCUUCUUCAAGUACUAAAGGAUUUUCCAUUCAUGACGAUGAAGAUAUACAAAAGAUUGUAUCAACUGAAAAGAUUCAUAGUUUGGGUAUUGAUGUUGAAUCCACCACUCCUGAUGCGUUACGCCAGCAAGCUAUAGCAGAAAAAAGCAGGUAUAAAAUUCUAAAAGGAGAUGGGAAGUCUAAUGAAGCCUUGAGAGCUUUUAAGAGAGGGAAGGAGCUUGAGAGGCAGGCAGAUGCUUUGGAAAUUCAGCUAAGAAAGGCGGCUCGGAAGAAGGUGUUGCCUUCUGAAAGCGUGUCUGAUAUGCAUACCAAAGAUGUUCCUGUAGAAUCCGGCAGGAAAAUGAAGUCACUUCCUAAGAUUGAUAAGGAUAAGGAUGAUCUUACUUCAGAACUUAGAGAACUGGGAUGGUCUGAAUUGGAUCUACACAAGGAAGAUAAAAAAUCAGCAAAUUUGACCUUGGAGGGUGAACUCUCAUCAUUAAUUGGAGAAACCUUUGCAAAAACAGGUGAAGAAAAGGUCAGCAGGAUCGACAAGUCUGAGGUUGUUGCCAUGAAAAGGAAGGCUCUAACGCUAAAGCGUGAAGGUAAGCUUGUAGAAGCUAAAGAGGAAUUAAAAAGAGCUAAAAUUUUAGAAAAGCAACUGGAAGAACAAGAACUCCUUGGUGAUGCUGAAGAUUCUGAUGAUGAGCUGUCAGCAUUAAUACGUGGCAUGGAUGAUGAUAAAGAAUUUUCAAAUCUGCAUGAUCGUGAGCAUGAUUUUGAUUUUGGUAAUCUCUUGGCCAUUUCUGAUAAUCUUGAUGGCAAUUUAGAAGUGACCGACGAGGAUUUGAUGGACCCUGAGUUGGCCGGUGCUUUGGAAUCACUGGGUUGGACUGAACCUGAAAAUACAUUUUCCAAAUCUCAAACCUUUGACAAAGAAGCGUUGCUUAGUGAAAUUCAGUCAUUGAAAAGAGAGGCUGUUAGUCAAAAGCGAGCUGGUAACACUGAAGAAGCAAUGGCAUUAUUGAAAAAGUCAAAGCUAUUGGAAAGGGACCUUAACAACAUUGGCUCUGAUGACGAUAGUACCAUGUUAAAAAAAUUCACUCCUGUUAGGAAAAUUGUGAGUUCUGAAGUUACCGGUAAUGAGAGAAAUAACAAUGCCACUUCCACGGUGGCACCCAAAAGCCGGUUGAUGAUUCAGAGAGAGCUUUUGAAUUCGAAAAAGAAGGUUCUCACAUUGAAAAGGGAAGGGAAAAUGAAUGAAGCAGAAGAAGAAAUGCGCAAGGGUGCAGCUCUUGAGCAUCAACUGAUGGAGAUGGAUAAUGCUCUGAGUCAUAAAUCAUCAUUGAUGAAUACUAAUAAUGUCUUGCAUGCAGCAAGUAGAAAUCCGCCAGUUGAGGAAGGAAGUGAAGAUGAUGUAACAGAUAAAGAUAUGUCUGAUCCAACAUAUCUUUCACUCCUUACAGACUUGGGUUGGAAUGAUGACAAUGAUAAACCUUCUAAUUCUUCGAACAAGCCUUUAAAGAAAUAUGAUGAUAAUUUUAUUCCAAUCGAUGAUACUUCUCUAAGUAAGCAUUCUACAGAUAUCCUCUUUGAAGCACCAAGAAGAAGUAAGGCUGAACUUCAGAGGGAACUUUUGAGCUUAAAAAGAAAGGCCCUUGCUCUAAGGCGGGAAGGAAAAGCUGAAGAUGCAGAAGAAGUUCUUAAAAUGGCCAAAACAUUAGAAGCAAAGAUAGAAGAGAUGGAUGCUCUGAAGAAUAAAGUGCAGGUUGAGGCUCCUAUGAAGAAAGAACUCUUUAAUUCUCCAGUUGACACGGCAGUUGAUGAAGAAAGGGAUGUGGAUGUUUCCGAAGAGGAUAUGCACGACCCAACAUUGAAUUCAAUGCUUACUAAUCUAGGGUGGAAAGAUGAUGGAUUUGAGCCCGUGUCCAUAAAAGAAGAACCAGUUAAGCAAGCUACUAGCACUGUUAUGACUAAAAGGAACAAAGGAGAGAUUCAAAAAGAACUCUUAGUGUUGAAAAGGAAGGCACUUGCUUUGAGGCGCAAGGGGGAAAUAGAAGAGGCUGAUGACAUUUUAAAGAUGGCUAAGAAUCUGGAAGCCCAAAUGGAAGAUUUUGAGAGCCAAAACAAGGACUCGUUACUGAAUGCUUCCCUGGAUAAAAAGUCUGUUCCGUCUGAAUCGUCUGAUUUCCAGGUAAGACAUGGAAGUUGGGGAGUUGCUGUUGAAGUCGGUAACAAUUUAGCCUCAUCCGUGGCUGGUUCACUUAAGAAUAGUGUUGAAUCAGAUAACCCAAGUCCCGCAACCUCUCAUUUUGCAGACGAUAAACAUCCAAUAUCUUCUGAGGUGAGUGCUUCAAGUGAAAAUCUUGCAAAAAAGAUGAAAGUGGAAAAAAUCAAUGGUCAUAGGUCCUCAACUGGUCAUUCUAUGCAUAUGCCAGAUUUACUUACUGGUGAUGGUUGCAGCAGUUCUGAAAUGUUGUCUAAAAAACAAAAUGAAGAAUAUAAAGCUGGCUCAGCAAGUUCAUCUCAAGCUGGUCCUACUAUUCAUUUGGACUCCUCAGCGAAUCUCAGCCAAAACCAAUCAAACACAAGCCAGUCAAAUGCUGUUCCAGAUUAUGCUUCUCAAGAUGACCCUUCCUUGCGUCAAGAAAUUUUGGCUCAUAAAAGGAAAGCAAUUGCUUUGAAAAGAGAAGGGAAACUAACAGAAGCCAGGGACGAACUCCGACAGGCCAAGCUGUUAGAGAAGAGGUUGGAGGAUGGAAAUGUACAGCCAAACACCGCCUCCACCAGCAAUGUUUCCAACGCAUCAAAUGCUGUGCAAAAGAAACAAGAUUCACCAAGUGCUGCUGCAAAGCCAUUGACUAGUCGUGACCGUUUCAAGUUGCAGCAGGAGUCUCUGGCACACAAACGUCAAGCCUUAAAGCUACGGAGAGAUGGCCGAACAGAGGAAGCUGAAGCCGAGUUUGAACGCGCAAAGGCAAUUGAAACACAGUUGGAGGAGUUGGCUGCUCAUGAUGCCAAUAAAUCAGAUGCAGUAGAUGAUGUGACCGUCGAGGAUUUUCUUGAUCCUCAACUCUUAUCUGCUUUGAAAUCUGUUGGACUUGAAGGUCUAAGUGUUGCAUCCAAAAAAAGCCCCGAAAAACAAGAGACUGUGAAAUCUGUUGCCAAAAUUGAAAACUCUAACCAAGAGAAAAUUCAGCUAGAAGAAAGAAUCAAAGAAGAAAAGCUGAAAGCUGUUAGUUUGAAACGAUCAGGAAAACAAGCUGAAGCCUUAGAUGCUCUUCGACGUUCCAAAAUGUAUGAAAAGAAGCUGAAUUCAUUAACAUCUGGGUGA